CAUCCUCUCCGUCUCCGGCCAUGGCGACCGCCGGCGAUCCCGCCGCCCUUCCCCCUUCCGCCUCUCCCUUCUCGUCCACCGGCGCCCUCGAGUCGGUCCCCUUCUCCUCGGGGAACCCCCGCAUCGAGGAGACCCGCGGCGUCGUCCUCCUCCACCCCGACCCACCCGCCGCUGCCGCUGCCGCCGCCUCCUCCUCGUCCUCUAAUCUCCCGGUCGGGAGGAAGCCGCGGGUGUGCGUGCCGGCCGUGCCCAACCACAUGACCUACGCCGACUUCUGCCGCUUCUGCGGCGCCUUCGUCCCCCACAUGCUCGAGAUGCGCAUCGUCAGGAUCGACGGAGCGGAGGACCAGUACAGCGUUCUCAUCAAGUUCGACACGCUGAGCUCCACCGAUAGCUUCUACAAGCACUUCAACGGAAAGCGCUUCUCGUCGCUGGAGGGGGAUGUUUCUCGUGUACGGUUUGUGGAAGACGUGCACUACACUCAGUUGAUUGAGCAUGCGCAUAGCUCGGUUACAAGCUUGGCUGAGCAGCCUAACUGCCCAGUUUGUCUAGAACGACUUGACCAAGAUCCUGGAGGCAUUCUUACUACAAUAUGCAACCAUUCUUUCCACUGUUCAUGCAUAUCAAAAUGGACAGACUCUUCAUGCCCAGUUUGUAGGUAUUGUCAGCAGCAACCGGAGAAAUCCAUGUGUUCAAUCUGUGGAACUUCAGAGAAUCUUUGGAUUUGUGUAAUCUGUGGUAAUGUUGGCUGUGGAAGGUACAAAGGUGGUCAUGCUAUUGAACACUGGCAAGAAACUGAACACUGCUAUUCACUUGAAUUAGAAACACAAAAAGUUUGGGAUUAUGCUGGUGACAACUAUGUCCAUCGUUUGAUUCAAUCCAAAACUGAUGGAAAACUGGUUGAGUACAACUGCUAUGGUACCCAUGGAGCAGAUGGAAUGUGUUCAAUAUGCAGUGGUGAUGCAGGAAUGGAUGAAGCUAUACUUAACAGUAAAGUUGAAGCUAUUGUUGAAGAGUACAAUGAUCUCCUCACGUCUCAGCUUGAUAAACAAAGAAAUUACUAUGAGUCACUUCUGCUAGAAGUCAAAGAGGAGUAUGAGAGAGAAGUUUCUGCUGCUACUGCAAAAGCUGUGAGCAUUAAACACCCAAAGUUGCAGACAAAGCUUGAUAAGUGCAUUGAAGAGAAACGUUUUCUUGAUGACAUUAAUGCCAAUCUUGUCAAAAAUCAGGAGAUGUGGAGAGAAAGAAUUCGGAAAGUACAAGAAAGGGAACAAGCUGCGCUUAAACUGAAAGAUGAAAAGAUCAAGAAGCUGGAGGCGGAGCUAAGUGAUUUGAUAGCCCAUAUUGAGUGCCGAGACGCUGUGGCAGCAGCUCCUGAAUCAGUCUCAAGUGACAUACAAGGGGGCACGAUACUUCCUGGACCAUCGACACCAUCCUCCAGCAGCAGCCGGGACAGAAAGCGGAGUUGAGAUCUGCUUACCGUUAAUGUGUUUUAGUGAGUGAAACUUUGCACCAUUAGAGUACGUUCUAUUCCUAAAUCUCUGCCCUUAAUUCGAGAGUAACAUGCAUACAUCUGAUCUUCCAACUCAUGGUUGGUAGUAUCUAUUGAUUGAUGGUAACGUGUUGCCCAUGUUGGGAUCUGGCUUCUCAAAUCUAUGUCAAUGUGGAUCCUUAAAUUCCAUCUGAAAUUGUUAUUUUAAAUUCAGCAUAUAACGUUGGGUA